CCUCGACAAUGCUAGCUCGGAUGACUAUCGCUGUCAUCGAGUAUGGGACAGUCACGGGCCCCAAACCGCAAAGAGAAUAGGCGUCCAGAUCUACCAUCUAGACUUUGUUGUCAGCGCAGGGCAAUCUUGCUUAUUAGCCUAUAAAUUUCCUCGCCACAAUCAAUCACUUUCCCGGGACGGACAAGGUGACGGUUGAGCGGCACGGCCUGGACGUUGUCAAGAGGAUCAGCGGAUCGUCAACUGUGGAGCGGGAUAUUAAGAGGAGUACUUCAAAGAAGUUGAUGGAAUGGCGGAUUCUGCGGCCCUGGGUCCCUCCCGAGAGUCAUGCCAGGACCUGAAGUGGUAGGUACCGAUUGCUUCUGUGUCGUACCCAAAGGUGGCCGUUGCGGAAAGUUUUGGUUUGGGGUCAUCGUCAAGGGCCCUCGGGACGCAUAUCGAUGGAACGUAGAAGGGGAAAUAGGGGCCGCUCUGUCAACGGCGCGGAUUGGCCCAUAGCCCAUGGCACAGCGGUUAGGCGGGGGACCGGCGAUUCACCUCAGGAGCAGAGCACCGGCUACAUCGCCGCACUUCAGGAGACCGUUUACGGGUGGAGGUUCGUCGUUACGGAGAAAGGGCAUGUUGGCAUCGCGCCGAAGACGGCCCGAACCGGCAACGUUGUCGCUAUUGUGAAGGGUGGACGAGUUCUAUUCAUCCUACAGGAGAGUAUAGCAAGACCUGGGACUUUCCAGUUCGUUGGGGAGUCGUAUAUCUAUGGUAUUAUGGGGGGGUUCAUUCUCUGGCAGCUCUGCACCGCGGCGGUUGGAGAGAAAAUCCCUACCUACCUACACGUAGGUAGAGCAGCAAAGUUUUAGAGGCGGUCGACACGACGGGGCGAAGGAGUCCAGCAGAGCACCGAGGGGGUCCCCGGUAGGUAGGUCGGCAAGGGGAACCGUAAGAGACAGCGGCGUACUUCCUCUUCGGAUGUAGAAAAUAGACGGCAUACCGUACAGAGAUGAUU